AUGAAAGAUUCACGUUAUCGCCUUCUGAUUCUACGACCCCAACAGCGUUUCGCAUGGAUUGGUUAUGCGACAGCGUAUCAUUUGUUGAAAGAUUACGAUAUGGCUUUGAAGAUCGUUAAUGAAUUUUGCAAUAACAAUAAGGUUGCUUUCAUUGGUGAUCUCUUGAUGCGACUGAAACAACACGAAGAUGCAGAACGUGUUUAUUGGCAGUUGGUGGAGCGUAAUCCGGAAAAUAUUGAAUACUACAAACGAAUUGAACAGUGCCAUGAGGACGAUGUGGAUGAACGUUACGAAAUUUAUAAGAAGGCAUUGACGUUGAAGCCGCGUGCAGCUGCUCCGAAAAGGGCACCGCUCUACUUCUUGAAAGGCGCCGAAUUUGAGAAACAAUUAUUGAGUUAUCUUGUUGCUGGCCUGCGGAAAGGGGUGCCGUCUUUGUUUAAGAAUUUGGUACCACUCUACGCGGAUAAUGAUAAAGUGCAGUUAUUGGAAAGGACUCUCAUCGAUUUUGUUAAACGACUGGAAGAAAAUGGGUACAAAAACGGGUCACUUGAUGGUUAG